AUGCAACAGAGAAGGUACAGCAGACUAUGCCUUCUUUCCCUCUCAUUCUCUUGUCUUCUUCUUCUUCUUCCAUCUUUCUUAGGACCUGUCGAUGCUUACAAGAACUACACGGUGGGUGACUCCUUGGGCUGGUACGACGCCACUGUCAAGUCUAAUGUCAAUUACCAAAAAUGGGCUGAUGGCAAGAACUUCAGCUUGGGAGAUUUCCUCAUUUUCAACACGGAUAGCAAUCAUUCAGUGGUUCAAACAUACAAUUUCACCACAUUCAAGUCGUGCGAUUAUGACAAUUCUGAAGGAAAUGAAACCGUGGAAUGGUCGUCCACCAAUCCAUCCAACACUCUCACACAGGCAGUCACAGUGGCAGUUCCUCUAGUCAAGGAAGGGCCGACAUUUUUCUUCUCUGGGUACUACGACGGGGAGCAAUGUCAGAAUGGCCAGCAUUUCAAAAUAACCGUGUCUCAUGGAAAAGGGCUACCGGAUAGCCUGAAAGAUCCAUCCGAUCAGGCCCCGGCUCCAAAUGCUGCCGAUUAUGGCUCGACACCGGAUACAGUUGUGCCCUUUGACUUCAAUAACCCUCACGAUCAAGACACUGAUGUUAAGAAGGAUUCUGGAUCUAUUUCGUUGUAUGUGAAGAAUUUAGACAUGAAACUGAAUGGGAUUUUGCUUUCGUUAGGGAUUCUCUACAUGUUUUGAUGAGUUGCUUUUAUUUUUUUUUCUUCCCAAGAUCUCUUAAUUCAUAGAUGUGACGGGUUUGUAUCUAUAGAAAGAAGCUCUUGAUUUCUUGUAAAAUAGAGUAUUCAUAUGGUAUGAAGUGAUGCUUUAUGUGUUCAUAAA